GUGUGCUCUGUCAAAAGCAAAAUUCGCUCUUGUUUUGACCUGUAAGCAAAAAUUGUUUCUUUUUGACUAGUAUAAGCAGAUACAGAGAUACUCCAUUGCCUAUAAAUCACACGUACUAACUGGCGGGGUUGUGUCAUCUUGUCUAUGGUAGUUCAGCAAUCCUCUGCUUUUGUCAGUUGUAGUUCACAACGAUCGAGCAUCCGGCCAUGGCGUUGAACCCGCUGUUCACCGUGACGUUCAACGUGAGCGGCAGCGGCAGCGACAACUACGGCGACUUCAUCGCCGGCAUCCGCAAGAGGGUGGCCAACCCGAGGCACUUCUCCCACAACCGCCCCGUCCUCCCGCCGGUGGAGCCCGACGUCCCGCCGCGCCGCUGGUUCCACGUCGUGCUCCGGACGCAGACCAGCGAGCUCACGCUCGCCACGCGCGCCGACAACCUCUACCUGGAGGGCUUCCGCGGCAGCGACGGCACCAGCGCGUGGUGGGAGCUCACCCGCGGCCUCAUCGCCGGCGCCACCUACCUCGGCUUCGGCGGCUCGUACCGCGAGCUCCUCGGGCACACGGACAACAUGGUCGGUGUCACGCUCGGCCCGCAGCAGAUGACGCAGGCCGUGGACACGCUCGCCGGUCUCGCCGCCAGCGGCGGCGGCGCGGCGCGGCAACGGGCCGGCGAGGCGUUGGCGACGCUGCUCCUGAUGGUGAACGAAGCCGUGCGUUUCCUGACCGUGGCGGAGCUUGUGGGCGGCUUCAUGAACCCCAGGGCGGUGAGGAAGAGCGGGACGAUCACCGCCGACAUGAAGGAGCAGGUGAACGGGUGGAAGGUCUUGUCCAGGGCGCUGCUCACCAUGGACGCGCUGCAGCUAGAGGACUCCAACUCGGCGUCCAAGCACAACAAGGUGGAUACAAAGAAGAUGGAGCAGGAGAAGAAGGCGUGGGAGGCGGCGGAGAAGUUGGCCGUGGAGGCGGCCAAGGCGGUGGGGAUCCUGCUGUUCGUCGAGAAGGUGCCGGCCGGGAUGACGAAGGCGACGGCGCUUCAGCUGUUUCAUGGGAACUAAAGUUGCUGCUGCUGGUAGAUUUCAGCUUGCUUGAUCGAACAGCAAAUCAAUCUGAGCGACUCGAGUAAAAUUGAUUCUCCCUCCAACCCAAAAUAUAAGUAUUUUCAGUUAUUAAUCUGGACAACUGCGUGUCCAGAUACAUAGACAAAAGUUGUUAUAUUUUGAGACGGUUGUUAUAUUUUGGGACGGAGGCAGUAGUUAAAUAGCCUCUAUAGUGUGAUGUAACUACUAUAUACUCCCUUCGUCCCAAAAAAGACAAACACUGGUCUCCGUGUCCAACGUUUGACUGUCCGUCUUAUAUGAAAUUUUUUUAUAAUUAAUAUUUUCAUUGUUGUUAGAUGAUAAAACAUGAUUAAUAAUUUAUGUGUGACUUGUCUUUUUAAUUUUUUCAUAAUUUUUUUAAAUAGACGGACGGUCAAACGUUGACACGGAAACUCAGGGUUUGUCUUUUUUUUUAAUGGAGGGAGUAUGUAUAUGAUGUGUGUAUCGAUCCUAGAUUCCUACCUCUCCGUCCCAAAAAAAAAUCCAAUCCUAGCUACGAACCUAGACACACGCGUGUCCAGGUUCAUAGCCAGAGUUUGGGUUUUUUUGGAUAGACUAGUACACUGUAACUCAAAAAUAAAGAUAGCAGCAAUGGUCAGUUUGCUCCAGAUUCCAGCAAAUCAAUCCUAGUGACUUGUACUAUAACUCAAAAAUAAAGAUAGCAGCAAUGGUCAGUUUGCUCCAGAUUCCAGCAAA